GGAUUGGCUCUUCUGAAAAGUGGGCGGUUCUAGUAUGAGUCUGUCUCGUCAUUGGUCGAGCAGGUGCAGCAGCGGGGGCAGUUUCAUAUGACAGCACCUGUGCUCACUGUACUCGUUCAACCUGUUUUACUAUUCGGUCACACCCCAUCUCCAACCACCAGAGUUGUACUUAUCAGAGGAAAUGCCAAGCCAAACAUCACGGCUACUUCCUCGUCCUCGCAGGUGAAACUUCACACCUAAACACACGGAGAGAGCUGGAGCGUUCCUAGUCGGGUUCUUUUGUUUCAUUCUCGCCUUCACAUCUGGCAGUGUUGAGUGAGUGCUUUGUCAUCUCUGUUUUUGUCUUCGUUCCUGACGCCUCGGGAUCCUGACUUAUGCACUUUAUCCAGAUUGAGACAGAGGAACUAAUGUGAAGGCUGAGAAUGGGAUCAGACGAGGCCUACAACUUUGUAUUUAAAGUGGUUCUCAUAGGGGAAUCGGGCGUAGGCAAGAGCAACUUGCUUUCACGCUUUACUAAGAACGAGUUCAACCAUGACAGCAGGACCACUAUUGGUGUGGAGUUCAGUACGAGGACUACGGAUCUGAACGGCCUCACUAUUAAAGCCCAGAUUUGGGACACAGCCGGAUUGGAGCGGUAUCGUGCCAUCACCUCGGCUUAUUAUCGGGGUGCUGUUGGAGCGCUGCUCGUUUAUGACAUUUCAAAGCAAUUGACCUACCAGAGUGCCGAGCGCUGGCUGAAGGAACUUUACGACCACGCCGACCCCCAGAUUGUGGUCAUGCUGGUCGGUAACAAGUCGGACCUGGAAUCGGUACGAGCUGUGUCAACCGAGGAUGCGAAAGAUUUCGCAGAAAAGAACGGCUUGCUGUUCAUGGAAACCUCAGCGUUGGAAUCAACAAACGUCGAGGCCGCUUUCAACAACGUCCUCACGGAAAUCCACAAGAACGUAAGCAGUAAAGGGGUGACCCGUGGCUCGGUCGGCGCCGUGUCGCUGUCCAAUCCCAACGCCGCACCCACUGAAGCUCAGGAUGAGAAGAAGCCCUGCUGUAAAAACUUAUAAGAAUGAAGACGUGGAGGAAUAAACAGAGGAGACAAGAGGACCACAUUGUGUCUGGAGGAACACGGUGCUGUCUGUCCAAUGAUCACUCCGAUUGAACCACAGUUUGCUGACUGACGUGGCCAUAUGUAUUUCUUUGUGGGGUGUCACUACUGUGUUACUAUCACGAGAGAGUAUUCUUGUGCAUGUUUUUUAGGCUGAAAUUGCUUUCUUAGAUGUUUCUCCUGUCUUUUCUUACAUGCACACUAGCAAUUAUUAUUAUUAUUAUUAUUUUUGGCAAUUCUUACUUUUAUGAAAACGAUGUUAUUUAUAAAAUAAUGUCACCAUGUAGCAGCUGUGUCUUAACUGUCUUAAGUCAUCCUUUAGGAUUAAUUUCGAAUGACUGUUAGAUAUCAAUGUGACGUAUUGAAAAUAUUAUUGUACACUAAAAGUCGUUAAACAACAGUUAAAACUACACACUACAUUUCCCGACUUUCAAACUUCACCCAGUUUUUAUUAUAUAUUAUAUUAUUAUAAUAAGGACGCGAGUUUUCUUUUAAUACUGAUAUAUCAAUCAAAUACGAUGUAGUGGAUUGUAAGCGAUAAUGAUGAAUAAAUUGAUUACGUAUGCCUAUGAAA